GUAUCAUCAAUCAUAAGAACACGUAAAUAGAAGACGUAAAUUUGAAAAGAAAAAAACCCCAUACCGUUUAGUCGAUUAAAAUUGACUAAAAUAUAGUCGUAGAUAUAUGAGUUCCGGUGUGCUCACCGUGGCUACACCUGCCUAAAAAUGAAGCUCAAAUCACUCCUCACACCACUCUUUAAAACUCCUCGAAAAGUGCUUAAUCAAUUAAGGAGUUUUAGCAGCGACAGAGAGUGUAUGAACUACGACGUCGUAAUUGUGGGCGCUGGACCCGCUGGACUCUCCGCCGCGAUACGAUUUAAGCAGCUGUGUAGACUGAACGACGUUGAUUACUCCGUCUGUGUUGUUGAGAAAGGCGCUCAACUAGGUGCUCAUAUACUAUCAGGAAAUGUUUUUGAGCCACGGGCACUGGAUGAACUUCUCCCACAAUGGAAAAAAGACGGAGCACCAAUUGAAGUCCCUGUUUCUUCUGAUAAGUUCUGGCUACUUAGCAAGAAUCGUGCAUUUUCUAUACCAAGUCCCUUUAAUAACAAAGGAAACUAUGUAAUAAGUUUGAGUCAGCUCGUGUGCUGGUUAGGUGCAAAGGCUGAAGAAUUAGGAGUUGAAAUCUACCCAGGGUUUGCUGCUAGCGAGGUUUUAUAUGAUGCAAAUAACAAUGUUACUGGAAUUGCGACUAAUGACAUGGGAAUUGGCAAGGAUGGUUCCAGGAAAGAUACAUUUCAGCGAGGUGUUGAAUUAAAAGGGCGUAUAAAUCUUCUUGCUGAAGGAUGUCGUGGCUCAUUAUCGGAGAAAAUAAUUAGCAAGUACAACUUGAGAGAUAAGGCAGAAGCACAACAUCAAACUUAUGCUCUAGGAAUUAAAGAGGUAUGGGAAAUUGAUGAGAGGAAGCAUAAACCUGGUUCUGUGCUUCAUACACUGGGUUGGCCCUUAGAUCACAAUACAUAUGGGGGAUCAUUUUUGUACCAUAUGAAAGAUAGACAGGUCUCUAUCGGACUUGUGGUUGCUUUGGACUAUCACAACCCUUAUAUGAGUCCUUAUGAGGAAUUCCAGAAACUCAAGAACCAUCCAGCCAUCAGAACUCUUCUCGAAGGUGGAACUGUUCUCCAAUAUGGUGCACGCACUCUAAAUGAAGGCGGUUUUCAGUCAAUUCCAUACCCAGUUUUCCCGGGCGGAGCAAUUAUUGGAUGCUCAGCUGGCUUUCUUAACGUACCAAAAAUAAAAGGAUCUCAUACUGCAAUGAAAUCAGGCAUGCUAGCUGCAGAUUCUGCAUAUAAAGCACUUCAUGAAGGAUUAAAUAUGAAGUCAUACUGGGACAAUUUACGGAAAUCAUGGAUCUGGAAGGAACUAUACCUAGCAAGAAACUAUCGGCCAGCCUUUGAUUAUGGGCUUUUUCCUGGUUUAGCUUUAAGUGCUGUAGAACACUAUAUAUUCAGGGGCAGAUCCCCUCUAACUAUGAAGCAUGGAAAACCUGAUCAUGAAGCAACUAAAGAAGCACAACUAUGCUCGCCGAUUGAAUAUCCAAAACCAAAUGGAGUUGUCUCCUUUGAUAUACCUACUUCCCUCUAUAGGAGCAACACAAAUCAUGACCAUGACCAACCUGCUCAUCUUCGCUUGACUGACCCCAAUAUUCCCUCACUCAUAAACUUGCCAAAAUAUGGUGGACCAGAAUCAAGAUACUGUCCUGCACGUGUGUAUGAGUAUGUCCCAGAUGAGAAGGGUCAGUUAAAGCUGCAGAUAAAUGCUCAAAACUGCCUGCACUGCAAGGCAUGCGAUAUUAAAGACCCAAAGCAGAAUAUUAAGUGGACAGUCCCUGAAGGUGGUGGUGGCCCUGGCUAUUCGAUGAUGUAGACUAUGCAGUCCCUUUCCCAAUACUUAUUGUUAGAACAUGCGCAUUUGGCAGUUUCACACUGCCAAAAACACCUCAUCGACAAAUUUAAAGGUAACAUAGUUGCGAAAUGGAAGGCCUUAAUAGAGGAAGCUGGUCGCAAUGCUUAGGGCAGUCUGUCCUGAGAAUGUACCAUUUCUAAAGAAAACUAGAGCUACAUAUGUCUUUCUUCUGUUUAAUGUGAUUCCAUGCAAUACCCAGAACAAUUACCCUCUGAUUGAGAAGUUUACCAUGAAGCGACAUUUUAAAGAUACAAUUAGCAAAAUAUAAUAUAAAAUUUAAUGUAUACCUUUCAAAUUAUUCCGA